GGCACGCACCCAUGAAUGCAUAACGCUGCAAAGCCUUGUCGCAAUAGCUGUUAAACACUUGGAUAUUUUCGUUAUUGUCUAUCUCCAGUGCGCCCGGGAUCUUGUUGUCGACAUAGUAUUGUCUCACGGUGGUACUGUCCCUAUUUUCAUCUAAGGAGCAUUAGAACGGAAGAUGGGAGACAAAGGAUUUCCAGCGCUUUUUCGGAUCACCUGCUUUGUUUCCGUCAUGGUGACAAUACCUCUCGUUCGUGGAGAUCUGAGCUAUUCAUUUCCAGAGGAGAUGAAAUCAGGAUCUGUUAUUGGAAAUGUCGCCAAGGAUCUCGGAAUUAAUCUGAAGACUUUAUCAUCCCGAAAGGCCCGACUGGAUAUUGAAGGCACUCGGAAGCGCAACUGUGACAUUAAUAUGAACACCGGGGAUUUAAUCACGGCGGAGAGAAUAGACAGAGAAAGCCUUUGUGGUAAGAAACCCUCGUGUAUAGUGAAGAUAGAUUUGGUGUUAGAAAACCCUUUGGAGCUUCAUCGUAUCAGCCUUCAUGUACAAGAUGUGAACGACAACUCGCCCAAAUUUAGAGAAAAUCUGAUUGAAAUGGAAAUAUGGGAGUCAGCUGAAAAGGGAAGCCGCUUUCCGAUGGGAGUGGCCCAUGACGCAGAUAUAGGUCAAAAUGAUGUGCAAAGAUACAUCCUUCAAACAAACGAAAAAUUUACACUUGCAGUUGAGAACAAAAAGGUUGAAUUGGUACUGGAGAAUAAGCUUGAUCGAGAGAAACAAAAGGAAAUGAAUUUGCUUCUCUCAGCUUUAGAUGGCGGAUCCCCCCAGAAAUCAGGAACUGUAGUCAUUCAUGUUACAGUUCUGGAUGCUAAUGAUAACGCCCCAGUGUUUACUCAGGCCGUUUAUAAAGCCAGUCUGCCUGAAAACUCUCCACCAGGAACAAUAGUGAUGACUGUCAGUGCCACUGAUGCAGAUGAAGGAGUGAAUGGAGACGUCACUUAUCAAUUUGGCCACGUAUCUGAUGAUGAUGUCAGUUUAUUUUCUAUUGAUAAAAAAACGGGACAAAUUAAGAUAACUGGUGAUAUUGACUUUGAAGCAAUGAAUUCUUAUGAGAUGAGCAUUGAAGCCAAAGAUGGAUUAGGGUUAAUUACGCACUCUAAAGUGUUAAUUGAUGUUAACGAUGUGAAUGAUAAUGCACCUGUAAUUUAUCUAAAAUCCCUGUCCAAUCCCGUACCUGAAAAUGUGUCUCCUGAUACAGAGGUGGGCAUCAUAAAUGUCCAGGACAGAGACUCUGAAAAAAAUGGACAGGUCCACUGCUCCAUCCAGCAGAAUGUCCCUUUUAAGUUAGUUCCCUCUAUUAAAAACUAUUAUUCUCUGGUGACCACAGGACAGCUGGACCGUGAACUAGUGUCUGAUUAUAACAUUACAAUCACUGCCACUGACGAGGGCUCUCCACCUCUGUCCUCCUCUAAAACUGUUCAGUUAUCUGUAGCUGACAUCAACGACAACCCACCUGUGUUUGAGGAACAGUCCUACAGCGCACAUGUGAGUGAAAAUAACAAACCUGGCUCCACUUUAUGCUCCGUUUCUGCUCGAGACCCCGACUGGAGACAAAACGGUACAGUGAUUUAUUCUCUGUUACCUGGUGAGGUGAACGGAGCGCCGGUGUCCUCUUAUCUAUCUGUUAACGGAGACACGGGGGUGAUCCACGCUGUCAGGUCGUUUGAUUAUGAACAGUUCAGGAGUUUUAAAGUCCACGUCAUGGCCAGGGACAAUGGUUCUCCUCCACUCAGCAGCAACGUGACCGUCAGUGUUUUCAUAACGGAUGUGAAUGACAACUCUCCUCAGAUACUGUACCCCGCCCCGGAGGGCAGCUCCUUCAUGACCGAGCUGGUCCCCAAAGCUGCACACGGAGGCUCUCUGGUGUCCAAAGUGAUCGCGGUGGAUGCAGACUCUGGACAGAACGCCUGGCUGUCCUAUCAUAUAGUCAAAGCCACAGAUCCUGGACUUUUCACUAUUGGUCUGCACAGUGGAGAGAUCAGGACACAGCGGGACAUUUCAGAAUCUGACAGCAUGAAACAGAACCUGAUUGUUGCAGUGAAAGAUAACGGACAGCCCUCUCUGUCUGCCACCUGUGCCAUGUAUUUACUUAUUUCUGAUAACUUGGCUGAGGUGCCAGAACUGAAAGACAUUUCUUAUGAUGAGAAGAACUCCAAGCUGACCUCCUAUCUGAUCAUUGCACUGGUUUCUGUGUCCACCUUCUUUCUGACCUUCAUCAUCAUCAUCCUGGGUGUCAGGUUUUGUCGCAGGAGAAAGCCCAGACUGUUGUUUGAUGGAGCAGUAGCCAUCCCUGGAGCUUAUCUCCCUCCUAAUUACGCAGAUGUUGACGGCACAGGAACUUUACGCAGCGCUUACAAUUAUGACGCCUACCUGACAACAGGAUCUAGAACCAGUGACUUUAAGUUUGUAUCAUCUUACAACGACAACACGCUGCCUGCUGACCAGACUCUGAAGAAAAGUCCAACAGAGUUUGCUGAUAUGUUUGGAGACAGUGAUGCUUCUCCAGAGUUAAGGGACUGCUGGCCGAAAAUCGCAGAGAAGGACUUCAAGAGGGCUGUGACAAGUUCAUUGCUAAUGUGCUCGGCAUGUACAGUUCAUGUUUGGAGUAUCUGGAGCAGUGGAUGCCACCUAUGGAAGAGUUCUCACCAUUCAUGUGGAUGGACAUGAGUGAGCCACCAAAGUGGAAUGAUGUGGAUGCCUGCAUCAAGUACCUUGGAGAGAAGGGGGUGUCAAUUGAUGAUGUUAAAUGCUUUGACCAAGUUGCCAAUCUAAAGAAAUUCAUAGAAAGCUGCAGUGAUGAUGAGUUGAUGGGCCUGCAGGUGCACCAGAAGUGGACCAAAUACUUUGAGAAGGCCAAAAGUAUUGCAUGCUACUCAGAACUGCUGAAGAUUGCACAGUUUGUCUUGUCUUUGCACUUCCUCCUCACAACGCAAAUGUAGAGAGAGUUUUUUCACUUAUGCAGAGCCAGUGGACAAAGGGGAGGGACCAGCUCUCAGUUGAAUCAUUGAAAGGGAUCCUAUUUGUGCAAUACAAUUUACAAAAAAAUGUCUUGCAAGGACUUUCAUACGUAUGUGUUGAGCCACAAGAAACUGCUGAGAAAGAUCAGCUCUACAGCAAAAUAUAAAUGGGCAAACAAGGACAAGGAAGACAAACUGGAUGAAGAGGAGGAAAAACCAGAUGAAGAGGAAGAUGAGGAUUAAGCAUGAAAGUAAAGAUAGUCUAUUGAUAUGUUUGUUCGUUUUUGGUACAUUUUGAGUUAUUUUUGCUACACAAGAGGUAUUUUUUGUUAAUUAGCUCAUUUGUUAUUUUUUUUCCCAAUAGCCUACAGAACAGACAUUAUUUCGUUCAUUACUGAGGCUGAGUAUCAUGUGUUAUUGGGAGUUGAGUUAUUGUUAACUUUUAUUGUUAGGUGAGGGAUGUUUAGAUGAGACAUUA